CGUGCUGGGAGGUGUGGAGAUUGUACCUCGUGUGGGAUGUGCGCUCAAUUGGAACGGCUCAAAGACGCUGUCAAGAGCAUAAUACUUCAAAGCGUUUGAAGAAACCACGUUCGACUUUACGUUCUUGCCAGCGUUAAUUGUACAAAGUACGCGUAGGUGAAACCAAUGUGGCUUUUCAAGUCUAUAGUCUUUGGCGUUUCUAUGGAAAUGUAAAUAGAAAAGACUGGAGUGGUAGUAUCCACGCUCGAACAUGUCGCUAAAGCGGAAAGAAUUAACCACCAGAGGACUCUUCACGCACAGUGAGGAUUGGAAAACUCCACCUGAUGUGAAGAAGACCGGUUAUCUGAAGAAGUUGAAGACACUGAAAAAGAAAUUCUUUGUAUUACGAACUGACUCUGCCUCGGGUCCAGCGCGUCUCGAGUACUAUGACAGUGAGAAAAAAUGGAGACUAGGAACAUCUCCGAAACGAAGCGUUGAUUUGAGAGCUUGUUUCAAUAUUAACAGAAAGAUGGAUGGCCGUCAGAAAUUUGCCAUUGAUCUACAUACCAAGUACGACUCUCUUUCCGUAGCCUUAGACACUGAAGAAGAACUGGAAACAUGGCUGUCGACGAUGUUGGAAUUACAGCAAGGAAUGACCAUGGAAAACGGACACCUUAAACCUAUAUUUGAACACGUUUGGCAAGUGAAUGUGAAAAGCAAAGGACUCGGAAGUAGUAAGAAUAUUAUUGGCCCUUAUCGUCUUUGUCUCUCGGUGAACAUUCUAAACCUCGUGAAAAUAGCUGCGCAUGACGACAAGACCGAAUCUUUUGCGUUUCCCCUGGUAACCAUUCGAAGGUGUGGACACUCAGACUGUUUCUUCUUCAUGGAAGUUGGCCGUUCAGCAUCAACUGGAGCUGGUGAGCUGUGGAUGCAAACAGAAGAUACUUUGAUUGCACAUAACAUGCAUGAAACCAUCUUAAAUGCAAUGAAGUCCUCGAGAAACAAUGAAAUUUCCCGUCCAGCAAAUCGUGUUAGAAGCUCAUCUGGCUCUGAAAGUAGUAAGCUUGGAUCCUCCUGGAUAUCAUCUAUCACUUCAGAAUGGGCAUCCACUGGAACUUCUCUAGCCGAUCCUUGCGAUCAUCUUGUGUCUCGAACAACACAACUAAGUGAAAGUCACAGUGAAGCUGGGAAUGUAAGUCUUGGUGAAGCUUGCUCAUUGGACAGCAAUCUUUCAAUGGAUGAUCCUGAAAACAACCAUGUCAGUCAAAUCUUCAGAUUAUCCAGCUGUUCUUCAACAGAGUCUCAUCCUAAAUCUUGUGAAGACUAUUUGAUCAUGGACCCAACAAUAGAAUUAAGGACCGAAAAUGUUGAGGCAACUGAUUAUAUGAACAUGACAGCAGCAGUAACAGAAGGAAAUGUGAAAGAAACUAAAUCCUCACCGUGUGGCUCCUCUAUUAGUCAAGAAGGGUAUAUGGAAAUGAGUCAGCUUAUGUCAACAAUGGCUUUGGAGACAAGCAGGAAGUUCUUGAAAAUAGAUGUUCCAUUUAACAUGAAGAGAAGUAUGACUGAUUUUUGCUUGACAAAAACGCAUCAAGGCAAUGAGGAAUUCCACCUCGAUAAGGUGAAAUCGUUUUUUUUACCACUUGAUAAGUGCAUCAGUAAACACCAGUUACAAAGGAGUUUUUCCAAUCCAAAUGUGGAAAUUCAACACAACUUUUCAUGUACAGUGCCAUUUGGAACAUGUAAAACAUUCAAAAAGUCUCAAAGUGCACCUACACUGCUAACAAAAGAUGUUCAGAAGAAUGGAUCAGGUGAGAAUAAUAAAAAUGAUGAAACGUUCAUGGAGAUGGAUUAUACACAAAAUCUUUCAGCUCUAAAACCUACUGAUGAUGAUGAUGAUUACAAGAACUGUCGUGUAAAAACAUCAUCACGAGGUCCAACACCUCUUUCUUUACUUCUAAAACUUGCUAAGAAACAAGAAAGUGUUGCUCUUCCUUUUUCUCUUUCCAAAUUAAGAAAAUCUUUGAAAAAGAGGGAAACAUUGACUGUGUUCAAUGGCAAAAAAACUCGUAUUUCUGAAACUGACCCCAAGGCACAAACUUCUGGCAUGCUUAGGGAUAUCAAUGCUAGCACUGAUGUUAUUACUUCACCAACUAGUCAGCAACCUUCUAGUGACUACCUUGAUAUGGAACCUAGAUAUUGGCAAACUUCAGAUUACAUGUCCAUGUCUAAAGAAGAAAAUAUUUAUACAGGAUCAACAAACCAGCCAUUAUAUGAAAGGUUAAAAUUUUCCAAGAAAAAGUCAGAAUAUCUGGAAAUGAAUGGACAGGAAGCUUUAGUGGAUGAUAACUUGUAUCAGCUGAUGUACAUACCUAAAGAUAAGAGCUGGUUUGGAAAUGAAAAAACACAUGAUUGUGAAAAGAAUAAUUCAGAUUUCGUUUAUCAAAAUAAAGUUAGUCCAUCAGGUAUCUCAAAAAGUUCCAAAUCACGACAAAACAAUGAAGUAAAAUGCAGCUCAUUUUCACUAACCUCAAAAUCGAGUGACUCCAAAUUUCUUGUGCAGGGUAAGAGUACUGAGCUUUAUCAGUCAAUUGUAAACACUAAACUACUAACAUGGAAGAAAAAUGCUGAAUCUGACCAAAAAAGAAACCUGCAUCAACUAGGCCUAACGUCAGAUAAUUCACUUUCAAUAUCCCAGCAGGUUUGUUCUCAUCUUCAUGAGAGUCCAAAGCAGCCUGCCAAAUGUUUUCAGGUUUCCAAGUCUUCUAAUACUGUACAAGGAAAAGGAGGGGAUUAUGUUCUUUUAUCUUCAGGAGAGUUUCCCAAUCGUGAGAAAACAAACUUUCCAAACUCAUGCCUAUCUCCUGUAGCUCCUUCUCUAAACAGUUGUUUUUUGUCCAACUGUAAUAGAGAUCAUUCACCAGUCACUGGGAGUAGUAAUGGGUAUAUUAGGUUGAAAAAUGAAAAUGUUGGGAAAUCCUGUUCUAGCAAUGAACCUACUUAUACAACAUCAAGGAAACAAAGUGAUGUUUCAUUAAGAAAAUCUGAACAUCUAACAACAGAGCCUUUGCACCAAAGGAAAACUUCAUUCCCAGUGCCAUCCAAUUUCUUUAUUCAAAAAUCAUCAUCAGGCUCUUUCUUGCAACCCCCCAAUAGUCCUCUGGUGAUAUCUAUACCUGAUUCUCCAAUUAGUCCACUACAGCCUCAAGAUGGUAGCAGUCUUUCUCAGAUACGAAGUCUGACACACAGCAUGAGUUUUACAGGCCCAUCAAAAUCCUUUCCACUAAUUAGACGACAGGUAAGUUCAGUUGAAACCAGCAAAUCUAAUGAUCUCAGUCUGCUUGAAAAUCCUCAACCAAUCCAGAAAAGUCCAGGAUUGAAAAUCAACUAUGCGUUACUAGAUUUAGCACCAGUUGAUUCAGAAAGGGAAAAGAUUCUGUCAUCACGAAACACAGCUAGUCAAACCCCUGCUGCUGAAUCUGCAAAAGAUAUUCCUUUGUUUUAUGCUCAGAUUGAUUUUGCAAAGUCUGAAGAUUUGCGAAAUGCAUCACUUGGCUUGAAAGGUGGAAAAAGCUGAAGCAGACGUGUUGCCCAGUCAUGAGCUGUUGGCAGUUGUUUGAUGUAAAGCCUAUGUUUAAUUACUAGAUGUGAUACAUAUACAUAUAUAUAAUAGCAUAUAUUAUUUUUAAAAUAAACUUUAUGAUAAAGUAUUAGGCUGGACUAUCUGGUAUAUAAACAAAAGGCAUUGAUUUAUAAGUAACGGAUUAUUGAACUACUAUUCAGAUAAAAGGUAUAGCUUAGGUCUACUUAGGGCAUGAGUACAAAUAGAUUUAGUAGCAAUUCCCUGCUUCUUUAAAUAUGCAUACUUUUUUGUUGGAAAAGGAUAAAUAGUAAAAAUAUGUCCAUAAAAAAUGUAAUUCUUCCAAUAAACUACUUAUUUCUUAGCAUUGCAUCUUUGUGGCCAUGCUUUCAAAUCAUGAGGAUUUAUGGCAGAUGUGUUGAUUAAAGGGAUGUUUCUUUUCAUGUUUUAUGUCUUUUGUUUAACAUUCAAAUCAACAAAAUAUAUUGUUAAUUGGUUGUAUGUCUCUGUGCUGUUCCAGAACUCUACAGAAGUCAUUUGGAUUUAUAAUAGAUUUAAAUUAAGAUAUGAUUGUCUUUUUUCUUGGAUCAUUUAUCCAAGUUUUUGAAUUUAUGAAAUAAUGUUACCUUGUUAGUUAAAAUCAAAUUCUACAAAAA